UUCUACAGCAUCUAGAGGUACCACCCGAGAGUUUGGAAUGCCAUGUCGAAGAAACGCAGAUGGGAUGAUGAUUAUGUUCGUUACUGGUUCACCUGUGCAACGGAGGUUGAUGGAACUCAACGCCCACAGUGCGUUUUGUGUAGGUCAGUAUUUUCCAAUGCUGAUCUCAGACCAUCAAAGCUAUCUGACCAUUUUAAUAGACAUCAUGGUGGCAUACCUGGUCAUGAUCUCAGCCUGAAGCAUGUACCAGCACCAGGUGACCAGAGGGAAACCUUGAAAGGACUUGGACUUGCGUCUCAAGAGGAUGCCUUGUUACAAGCCUCAUAUCAGUUUGCAUAUUUAUGUGCCAAGGAAAAAAAUCCUCAUACAAUAGCUGAAAAAUUAGUGAAACCUUGUGCGCUGGAAAUAGCACAAAUAAUUUUGGGACCAGACGCACAAAAGAAGCUUCAGCAGGUUCCCUUAUCAGAUGAUGUGAUCCAUUCUAGAAUUGAUGAAAUGAGCCGAGAUAUCUUACAACAAGUUCUAGAAGAUAUCAAAGCUAGUCCUCUUAAAGUGGGUAUUCAGCUUGCCGAGACAACUGACAUGGAUGGCUGCAGUCAGCUAAUGGCAUUUGUACGCUACGUAAAAGAAAAAGAGAUUAUAGAAGAAUUCCUAUUCUGUGAGCCGUUGCAUUUAACCAUGAAAGGAAUAGAUGUGUUCAGUCUCCUCCGAGACUUCUUUGUGAUACAUAAGGUAGCACUUGAGAUAUGUGGCUCUAUUUGUACUGAUGGUGCCUCUUGCAUGCUUGGAGAGAACUCAGAAUUUGUUGCCUAUGUGAAGAAAGAGGUACCUCAUAUUGUGAUCACACAUUGUAUGUUGAACCCUCAUGCACUUGUCACAAAGACAUUGCCGUCAAAACUGAGAGAUGCUUUGUUUACUAUAGUGAGAAUAAUAAAUUUCAUCAAAAGACGAGCUCCAAAUCAUCGCCUCUUUCAGACUUUUUUUGAAGAAAUUGGUGUAGAAUACAAUGUUCUCCUUUUUCAUACUGAAAUGAGGUGGCUUUCCCGAGGCCAAAUACUUACUCAUGUUUUUGAAAUGUAUGAAGAAAUAAAUCAGUUUCUUCACCACCAAAGCAGUAAUUUAGUUGAUGGCUUUGAAAAUAAAGAGUUUAAAAUUCACCUAGCGUACCUUGCAGAUUUAUUCAAACACAUAAAUGAACUUAGUGCCUCCAUGCAAAGGACUGGGAUGAACACAGUAUCAUCUAGAGAGAAAUUAUCUACUUUUGUUAGGAGGCUUCCAUUUUGGCUUAAGCGAAUUGAAAAGAGAAAUUUUACCAACUUUCCUUUCCUUGAAGAAAUUGUUGUUUCAGAUAACGAAGGGGCAGGCAUUUCAGCCGAAAUAACACUACAUCUGCAACAGUUGAGCAAUUUCUUUCACGGAUAUUUUUCUGUUGGAGAUCUUGUUGAGGCAAGUAAAUGGAUACUGGAUCCAUUUCUUUUUAAUCUGAGUUUUGUCAGUGAUGGUUAUUCAAUGAAAAAUGAUCUUGCUGAAUUACGAGCUAAUGGCCAAAUCCUAAUGGAAUUUGAGACAAUGAAGCUUGAGGAUUUCUGGUGUGCUCAGUUAACAGUGUUUCCAAACCUGGCGAAGACAGCUCUAGAAAUCCUUGUGCCGUUCGCAACUACAUACCUUUGUGAGUUGGGAUUCUCAUCACUUUUACAUUUUAAAGCAAAAUCUAGAAGCCACUUUAAUGUGACUGAUGACAUUCGUGUGGCUAUUUCAAAAAAGGUUCCUCGUUUUUCAGACAUCAUUGAACAAAAGCUACAGCUUCAGCAAAACUCACUGUAAAUGGAUACAUAUUUUUGUAUAUUUUUAAAUGUAUUCUUAAUGACGUAAAAUUAAGCUGUAAUUGUGUCACUUUUAUAUUUAUGAUAUACCAAAUCCUCAAUUUGAAAAAUUAAGCAGCUUCAGCUUUAAUGAGACAUGUGAAAAUGUUUUGAGAAUAAGAAGAACACAGCAGCAGAAAGAUUUAAAUACCACUGCUUCAUUGAUACACAUAGGAUUUUUCUAAUUCUCAGUAUCUGUUUAACCUAUUGACACGAUACAUAAAAGAAGACUUCAAAGCACCAGAAUAACCAUGUACGUGGUACAGUGGGCUGGGAACUGAGCCCAGAGAAAAGUUC